AAACGUGUUCUAAUGAUUUUUUUUUUUUUUAUGAGCAAUCUUCUAACCACUCAAGCCUAUUCUUUUUUCUUAACUCUGGAUGUAAAAUUUCAAUAUGAAGGAAGCCUAAUUAAGAAGAACUGCUUGAACCAUGGUGCAUGUUAAACAUGUUAACUGGUUUGCAUUAGAAAUACAGUGCAUGGAGGUGGAUUACUGCAGGAUGAAUACAAAGGUCAUAGUUUAGUCAGCCUCAGAGGACUAUGAACAGGCCCAAUGUUUAUUUCUCCUGCACCGUGCUUUAUGUUUUAAAAAGCUUAAUAUAUGCCCUAUACAUAUUCUUACAUAAUAAACUAGAACGCAGCUCGAUACUCCUUCACCAUAUAGAAGUGGAUCCAAUGAGGAGUCGUUGGGCUUUCAUUGGUAGAAAUCAAGUUCAUUCACAAAUACCCCAUCAGCUGUGCUCUAUUGUUUAGUGGUGACCAAUGGGAGGUGAGAUCAUUAACACUCCUGCCUCCACCAUGGACUGAUUAGGAAAAGCUGGGAGUAGGCUCCAGUCCCCACUCGGAAGUUUGACCUUUUGAAGGAGGGUGGUAGGAGGAAUUUAAUUGAUGGUAGUAAACGAGGCCUGGUCACAUUUUCACACACUCCGGAGCUGGAUCCUGAGCCGUUCAAUCUCUAAAUUUUUAGUCUUAGUAUGGACCUGAUUAACACGACUUAAAAGCAGGACGUUUGUGUUCUUCAUCGUGGUAGCAUUGUUUCGUUGUCGGAGGAUGUCGGAUCGUCCAGAAAGUCCUCCAGAAGACCGGGCGUACGAGCUGUCGAGGCCCAUGUCCUCGUAUUCUUCAGCAGCAGUGGGACAUGAAGGUCUGCAGUUUCCACCCAGCAUGCUCCAAGAUCCAGGUGUGCUCUUCAACAAGGCGUCUUUUAACGGCCUGGGUGCUGCUCAUGCGCAGACGUUUUUCUCUUUCCCGUCGGUUGGAGGAGACCCGCAGGUUGGUGAUUUUACUCAGCCCAAACACUGGUACCCGUUCACGGCCCCUGAGUACACAGGGCAGGUGGCGGGGGCCACUGCGGCCACACCGCAGCCUGCUAACAUGAGCCCUCCAAUCGCUGAGACCCGGGAGCAAAUCAAGAUUCCAGAGGUUAAGACUGAGAAAGAGGUGGGUGAAGAGUAUGGUGGUGGUGGUGCUGCUGCUUCUGAGACCAAAUUUCAGCCACAGUUUCUCGGCCCAGCAACCUCCAUGCCCGCUGGAGUGUACUACCCAACUUCUGCGCCAUGGACGCCGUCUUUCUGGCCUGGUCUCUCUCAUAUCGCAGCCCCGACUACCGUAGCCCAAGCCCCACCAACCCCGUCUGCUUCAUCUCCUUCUUUGUCACCAUCUCCACCCGGAAACGGCUUCUCCAGCCCUGGCUUUUACAGCGGAGGAGCCGCCGCCGCCGCCACUCAGGUCGCCGUCACCACCACCGCAAGCAGCAGCGCCACCAGCACCCAGGUGCAGAACAGCGCCCGCAGCAGCAGCUCUUCCAGCGGUGGCUGUAGCGACUCCGAGGAAGAGGAGAACCUGACUACAGAUGAUCUGGAGCAGUUUGCCAAGGAGCUAAAGCACAAGCGCAUCACACUUGGCUUUACACAAGCAGAUGUCGGACUUGCGCUUGGGAACCUCUAUGGGAAGAUGUUCAGUCAGACAACCAUCUGUCGCUUCGAGGCUCUUCAGCUCAGUUUUAAGAACAUGUGCAAGCUCAAGCCGCUGCUCCAGAAAUGGCUGAACGAAGCAGAAACUUCAGAAAACCCGCAAGAUAUGUACAAAGUUGAGCGCGUUUUUGUCGACACGAGAAAAAGGAAGAGGAGGACCAGCUUGGAGGGUUCGGUCCGCACUGCCCUCGAGUCCUACUUUCUCAAGUGUCCCAAGCCUAAUACUCUGGAAAUAACGCAUAUAUCUGAUGAUCUUGGCUUGGAGAGAGAUGUGGUGCGCGUGUGGUUCUGUAACCGCAGACAGAAAGGCAAGCGGCUGGCUCUGCCCUUCGAUGAAGAGGGCGCUGAAGGUCAGUACUACGAUCAAAGCCCAACGCCACCUCCACACAUGGGUGGCACGUCCCUUUCGGGUCAGGGUUACCCAGGACCCGGUCACGCCAGCAGCAUGCCAGCGCUGUAUAUGCCACAGCUUCAUCGACCAGAGGUCUUCAAACAGGCCAUACAUCCUGGACUAGUGGGUCAUCUCUCUAGCUAAGCUGGUUGCUUCUAGCCGACACACCCUUUCAAGCAAUAGAGCAUGGUGCAGUGUGUCAAUAAGGGAAAUUGCACGUUGCUCAAUUGUUUCAAGCAAAAUGGGCUUCCUCUUGAAACAAUCUUGCAUUCAGCUUGCUUUGUUCCAAAUAUGAUAUUUGAAAUCUGAGCCUUUCUGGUUGAGAAAUGAGCACCUUGUUGCUGUGUGUGGUGUUCAUCUGAUCACAUCAGAGGGUUCUGAAGUAUUUUAAAUUACUUGAUCAAAUUAAUUUGCACAAACUGGUGGUUUGUUGUGUGUGGGUGUUGUUUUUUUUGUUUGUUUGUUUUUGUUUUUUUAAAUGCACCCCGAUUAUCCCCUUCCCAAUUUUUCAAUCUGUAAAUAUAUAUUCAUCGUCCUUCCCCUUUGUGGGCUUUUUAGAUAAAAUUUUAACUUGUGUGGGGUUUUUGAUUAAUGGGUGGGUAAGAAGAAAAGAUUUGUCAAAGGUUUUGAUCGUUUUAUUCUGGAUCCUUUUACUGAUCUACUACAAAUAUGGAUAAGUGACGGAUUGUGUGUAAAAAUGAAGUUGGCCUUUUGAAAGGGCAUUAAACGCUGCUUUGACGCUGCAUUUGGUAACUUGCACAUGUUGAACAAUUUGUUUUGAAUUUUUUUUUUUCUUGACUUGCGUGCCUUAUCUGCUUAUCACAUCUUCAUUAAAUAUGCUUGUAUACAACCCUGUAAAUGAUGUGAAACUUGAUGUAAUUUAUUUGCAAGCUGCAGUGAUGUCAAUUUUGCAAGAAAGACAUGUACAUUUCCUCGCUUAGAUUGUUGGCUAUUAAAACGAUUCCUUUUGACAGCUCAAAUAUUUGGGGUGAUUUUGGUUCUUGGGGAAGUAGUGCUUCAUAUAUUACUACUUUUGAUGGGUAUAAAUGAUUUUUAAAGAAAGGGGUGGUUCUUUAUAACUAGCUGAAUAAGUGUUGGU